UCAGGAUGACCCCAAUCUACCCGUUGACCGAACUCCUCAUCUGGGUGACCAUCUUCCUGCUUCUGCUCAGGCUUCUGGGUAGGACUCUGCUCCAGGACACACAAAGCAGCCAAUAUGAGCCGAAGACCCGGAAAGACAAACUCUGCCUCUCGGGUCAUCGGAGAUCCAGACAGAGAUGCAGCCCACGAAGAGCUUGGAGACCCUUACCGGGAAGAGAUGAUGACAAUCUUCGGAAGGUCUUGUCACCCCUGAGAAGGCUGGGCUGGAGGUUGAAGGAAAACAUGCAGCAGCAUCUGCUUUGUGACGACAGCCUGGCUUGCGAUACCUGCGCCCACCUGGCCCAGCAAUUCCAGCACAUGUUCUCGGCGGAAAACAUAUCCAUCCUUGGGCUCUCAUCAACCCUCUCUUACCAAGAGGAGACCAGUGCCUCUUCCUGCCGGGGCCUGAGAUCCGACACUUCCCGGCACGGGGAGACUGCCGAGGAAUCUAACAUCUCCACCCACUUCCUGACCUCUGCCUCCUCCUUCUCCUCCUCCUCCCUGUCCUCCUUCUCCUCCACUUCCUCCUCCUUGUCCUCGGGAAGCUCCUUCAGAUGGGCAGCCGCCCAUCCCCCCUCCCGGGUCCCUUCCGAACAAGAAGUGACCCCACACGGACAGCGGAGAAUAAGGUUCGAUCAGAAGCAGGAGGUUGCUUCCUCCCACUCUUCAGGCCUUGUGAAGACCAAGGGCUGGGAGAAGGGAUCCCAAAAGAGAGAGUUCGAGGAGAUUCCUGCUCCUGCAGGCCGGGACAGAGAGGGGCACUUUUCUUCCGAGGGGCACGCAGGCCCCAAGGCCUUCCGUGGGGUGCCCAGUCUGCUGUUCAAAGUCAAGCAGAAGCUGGAGCUCCACCUCCAGAAAAUGCUGAUUAGGCAGCAGUGUGGGCUGCCUGAGAGGGUCCUUAGGUCCAGAAGCCAGCUCGGACCCCAGGAGGAAGACCAGGAGGCCGAAGAGGGAGGGUUAGGACUAGGCCUGGUCCACGAGGAGAAUCGAGUCUUCCCUCCUGGGGCCUCGGGCCCGUGGGCCCCCAGCAUCGACACGGCUCCAAUACUUCCUGAGGUCUUCCCCAUGCUGAGGCCCCUGAAGGAGCCAAAGGAGCCGCUGGGAGAGGCCGGUGGGCCAUGGUGCCCCCUGAGCAAUCCGGGAGAGUUCCCCUCCCAAGUCCAGAUGUCUCAGGAUGGCACCACCAUCUCAGUCCUCCCGCCCUCUGCCCUGCCAGGCCAACCCACCCUCCCGCCUCCCGGGCUGUACGAGUACAGGCCCGAGCCUCCCUCAGAGCUCCCGUUCAUCAGUACGGCGGUGCAGUGGCAGCUGGAGCAGCACGUCACCCGCCUACGGGCGCGGCAAAAGUGGGGUCUCCCCCGUCGGGUCCAGGAGUCCUUUAACCUCUAUCUCCAGGCCCAGGCCAGAGCCUCUCAGCAUCUCAAGGACCCCCACCCGGCCGAGGAACGGUCCGGAACCAGGGCCGAGGGGACCUCGCCCCAGGAAGAAGUUCCCCUGACGGUGCUCCGAGUCGAAGCCGCCCUGGAGUAUCGUGGGCUCCAGUGGCAGCAAGAGAAGCAGUGGAAAGGCGUGACCAAGAGGUCGACGGUCAAGUGGGUCAAGUCGGAACACUGGGAGAUCUCCCGAGGAAAGGCGGAGAAGGGGGAGACUCUGCUGCCCCUGAAACCCAGUGAGAUUUGGGAAAGAUGUGGGCAUUCUGUCACCGACCUGGAGGAUCCCAUCGCUGUCCUGGAGGGCAACCUCCGCCAUAAAUACCUAGCGUUUCUCCUGGGCCUGCCCGUCCCCUUCCCCUUCAGGGCGUAUAGGCCUGCCCCAUAGCUGGCAAAAUACCUGCUUUCUGAAGGGCGUUUGGCCCCUUCCCUCAGCCGACUGGACUCAGUAUGGAUGUUGGGACCCAGAACACCACACCGGGCUUCUGCUCGGCUCAAAGAAAAAUAAAAUAUCUCAAUAAAGUUAGA